AUGUCACAUGAAUGUACACGUUGCAACAAAGGCUUCAGUUCUGGCAAAGCCAAAAUGCAGCACAUUUCGGACUCCCCCAACCACCAUGUCUGCAUCCAUUGCCAGACUCUGGUCGACUUUGUCACGGAGCAACAGCUGGACAAUCAUUUAGAGCAAGUGCACAACUGGUGUUCAUCAUGCGACCUGGUUUUCGAGUACUGGGACGACCUCGAAGAGCACGAUGUGGACGAACACAACAAGUGUUUGGAAUGUGGAAAUUAUUUCUCCUCUCCGUCGAACCUGAAAAACCAUAAGCUCACCCACGCCGAGAAGAACGUUGAAUGCUUCGCGUGCUAUCGAAAAUUCGUCUCAAAGUCCGCUAUGAUGCUGCAUUUAGAGGUGGGCAACUGCCCAUCCGGCGUUGACCGUUCAGACAUCGACGAUUACGCAAGGCAGUGCAGGCAAUGGCCCCAAUAUAUUGAUCAUGAUGACGACUAUAAGUGCCCGACUUGCGGAAAGUGGUUUCAUCAUAUGAGCGGUCUUUUGCAACACGUAGAAAGCGACUGCUGUGAUGAGGACUUGGAGAGCUGGUGGAGUCCGCUGGCAGUGUUUCUUCGAUUCCUACGAUCUCACUGGUGUUAG